AUGGGUGCGCAAGGAAGCAGAGUCGACUUUCGACAAGCCGUUAUGGAUUUGACAUCGAAACCUGGACAGGUGAGUUCUUUUUCAAAAGGUGCACAAAACUGACCUAAACGCUUUUUGCGUUCAGGACGACGAACGUUUCUGGGAUCAGACUUGGUGGCCGGAUUCCGUGAAUGAUAUCUUCGCAAUGAUUCCGGGUGAGGAUAUCCGGAAACUGAGAGACGAAUCGCCAAAGAACCUUGCGACUCUCGUGUACAAAGCAGUUGAGAAGAUUCAGCAUUCUCGGAAUAGCCCGGCCAAUGUGGAUCAGAAAAAGGUAACCUACUGCAAUUUUUUGUACUUUUUGAAUUGUACCCUUUUUCAGACUAUCAACGCGAUUCGUUUGCUCACAAGAAUGAUCCCGUACAUGUUGGAAGACGCCGAGUGGCGAGGCUAUUUCUGGUCUCCGAUUCCCCAUGGCGACAAUACAAAGCCCUUGGCGGCAGCCCUUCUUGAGGCUCUUUCCGACCUACUUUUCUGCCCAGAGUUCACUAUCACACAUUCGAAUGGAUCGGUAUGAAACUAAAAAUAAAAAACGAUUGAAACCGUAGUUUUCAGCAGAAAGUGAAUGAUUUGUCAACAAUCGACUCAUGCGAAUACAUCUGGGAAGCUGGAGUUGGAUCGGGAAACAAGCCUCCCAUGGUCGCCCUUCACUACCAAAACCGAUCCGAGAUACUGAAGCUUUUGCUGACCUGCUUUUCAGAAGUUGUUUACUCUCCAGUCACAGGUUUGCGAAAUGGAAGCAAAAAUAUGAAAUUAAAAAACUGUGCGAUUUUUUUAAAGAUGAAAAUCGUCUACGUUGGAUCUCCCAUUUCACUGCCGUUACCAACCACCACGUGCUCCCAAUAUUCACCUCUCUUCUGAAUGUUGUUUGUGCCUAUGAUCCCGUUGGAUACGGGUUGCCCUACAAUUAUCUCUUGUUUAAUGACUCCAGAGAGCCUUUGGUUGAAAUCGCACUUCAAGUUCUUAUUGUGUGCCUGGACAAGGAGAGCCAGCCUUCGAAAGCUGACGAAUCUGGAUACCAGGACAACUAUUUCAUCAACUACCUCAGCAGAAUUCACAGGGAAGAGGAUUUUGACUUUAUGCUGAAGGGCAUCACCCGUCUGCUCAGCAACCCCAUUCAUUCUUCGUCCUCCUAUUUGCCAAACUCAACGAAAAAAGUCAAUUUCCAUCAGGAAUUACUUGUUCUUCUGUGGAAAUGCUGUGAAUUCAACCAGGUAAGCAAAUAGGAAGCAAGGACAAUCAAGAAAUGGUUUUGAAACCUUCCUUUACAGAAAUUCAUGUUCUAUGUGCUCAAAACGUCCGAUGUUCUCGACAUCCUUGUGCCAAUUCUCUACCACAUCUCUGACGCGCGCAAUGAUUCCGGUCAGUUGCUUGUUUGUCGGGACGCUUGUUUUUAAACGAAUUGUUUUUCAGCGCGAGUAGGACUCAUCCACAUGGGAGUAUUCAUCAUUCUUCUUCUGAGUGGGGAACGCAAUUUCGGAGUCAGAUUAAACAAACCCUACACGGCGAAAGCGAACAUUAACGUUCAAUCGUUCACAGGAACCCAUGCAGAUCUUCUUAUUUUGGUUCACAGAAUCCUCGAACUUUCACAGUUUCAUCGGAGAAGUUUCAGGUGUUCCAUAAGUUGAUAACAACGGGAAACUACCGCCUUCAAUCGCUGUUUGAUUGCUUUUUGACGAUUAUGGUCAAUGGUGAGCACUUUAGACCCGUCUCUCAAUGACUCUUGAGAUUUUCAGUGUCUCCGUACAUGAAAUCGCUAUCGAUGGUGGCUGCAAACAAGCUUGUCCAUCUUGUCGAAGCCUUCUCGACUCCGUGGUUCCUUUUCUCGUCGCCGACAAAUCCUCAACUGGUUUUCUCGCUUCUUGAAGUGUUCAACAACGUUAUCCAAUACCAAUUCGAUGGUAUUAUCCAAUUAAUUAUACAUUUAAAAGUAAAGAAAACAAUCUGUUCAGGAAACUCCAAUUUGAUCUACACAAUCAUUCGGAAGAGACACGUUUUCUAUCAACUUUCGAACCUUCCAACAGAUGCCCAGUCCAUUGCAAAAACGUUAUCCGGACGGAAGAAUAAAAGCAAGCAAUUCGAUUACUCUAAAAACCCUAACGACGUGUCACUUUCAGCAACGAACCGUGAUGAAAUGGUGGAUCAGCUGAAGAGUCCCACAGUGGCAAAUCCCCCAGAAUUUCCGGCGUCUGGAGCAGCCACAACGGGAGGAGGAGGUUUGUUUUGGCGCCAAUUUCUAAUGUCAUCCGAAGGAUUUCGCAAUGUCUAUUUCAUUUAUUUAUAGCCAGCACAACAACUGGUCUUGCGGCGACUCCCGCACUCGCUACCAUGACUGGAAACGUCGGAAGUUGGGAAGACAAACCAACGACGGAUAACAGUGAGUUUGAGAAUGACAUGAUGAAAAUGACAUGCUUCAUUUCCAGAUGAGUGGAUCGCAACACAAGAGUGGGCUGAGGCUUGGAAGUCAAAACUGCCUCUUCAAACUAUUAUGCGACUUCUCCAAGUGCUUGUACCGCAGGUUGAGAAGAUUUGCAUUGACAAGUGAGAUUGAAAUGGGUCAGAGAUCUCAAAUAUAUAUAGUAUUUCAGAGGUUUGACCGAUGAGAGUGAAAUCUUGAAGUUCUUGCAACACGGAACUCUGGUCGGUCUUCUGCCGGUUCCGCAUCCGAUUGUGAUAAGGCGAUAUCAGACAAACGUGGGAACGAACCACUGGUUCCGCAUCUACAUGUGGGGCGUCAUCUACCUCAGGUUCGUGUCCCCACCCGCCCCUGUAUUCCCAAUCCGUUUCUAUUCAGAAACACAAUGCCUCCAAUUUGGUACGACACAGAUGUGAAACUCUUUGAGAUCCAACGAGCGUGA